AUGAUCGGAGGACCUCUUUUUGGGUAUAUCAUCCAAAAAUUCGGUCUUCGCUAUGCUCUAUUCAUUUGCUAUAUUUCAACACUUUUAUCAGGAAUCGGAUUAUUUUUCUCAUUCGACUAUUAUUCUUUAUUAUUAUCCCGUAUUCCUGCUUUAUUUAUGCAUGGUCAACAAGCCCAUCAAACUCUUCUUUCCGCUUUAACAAGUCCAGGAAAAGAAAGAACCAGUGCAUUUGGUAGAAUGGGUUUGACUUUUGGAGUUGGAUUUAUUUUCGUCCCAAUCUUUUCAAUUAUUUCUACAAAACUUUUUGGAUUAACAGCUCCAUUUAUUGUAUCCGCUUUGCUUGCUUUAGUUCCAUGUUUUGUCCUCGAAACAUUUAUCGAUAGAAGUUCAUAUGAACAUGAGAUAAAUGAUGAUGAGAAAAAGAAUGAACAAAAAAUAAAUUGGACAAAUAUUAUCAAAACUUUGCGAAGACCUGGAGUAUUGAAUAUUCUCAUGAAAAAGAAUGGUCCAAUUAUCCCAUUCCUCUUUGUGAUUGCUGUUUUGAAUGUGAGUUGUCUUAUCUUUGAUAGAACUUUGACUGAAAUACCUUUUCAGUUAUACAUAAUUGAAAAGUUCCAAGCAUCAAACACCGAAGAUCAAAUAAUGCAAGUUUUUAUUGGUGUUUUCAUAAUGUUUUCAAAUGGAUUUGGUGUGAUUUGGCUUCGGAAAAAAUUCGAUGAGCAAAGUCUUCUGAUUAUUGGCUCAAUCUCAUUUGUAAGUAUUUUUCUCAAUGGUUUCGAAAUUGAAAACUAAAAAAAAUAAAAUAAGUUCAGGCAAUCGGUUAUUUAUUGUUCACUCUAAUAUUCUUCAACUUCUGGAUGCUCAUUGUAAUUAUGCCAUUUUUAUCACUCGGAAUGAGUGUUGUUGCAACAUGCAGUGAUAGUUUAUUAACUUCACUUGUCGAUGAAUCAGAACAGGUUAUUCACAUUAUUAAAAUACAAAACCCAAUACUGUUUUUAGGGAGUAGUUCUCGGAACAGCGACUUCGCUCAACUCAUUAGUUCGAACAUUUUCUCCACUUUUUGCUGGAUCUCUUCUUCAAUCCUACGGUUUUCAAUCAAUCACUUUGUUUGGUGUUUUUGGCUCAAUUUUCAGUAUUGUUAUGAUGUGGAUUUUCCCAGUUGAUGAGUCGCUGAUCAAGAAACACAAAUCCGAAUAA